CAGGUUUACAGAGUUUUUGGAUCCGUUCCAGAGAGUCAUUCAGCCGGAAGAGAUCUGGCUCUAUAAAAAUCCUUUGGUGCAAUCAGACAACAUACCUACCCGCCUCAUGUUUGCAAUUUCUUUCCUCACGCCCCUGGCUGUUAUUUGUGUGGUGAAAAUUAUCCGGCGAACAGACAAGACUGAAAUUAAGGAAGCCUUCUUAGCUGUGUCCUUGGCUCUUGCUUUGAAUGGAGUCUGCACAAACACUAUUAAGUUGAUAGUGGGAAGAUGGAGUGAUGAACUCGGAAAUGCACUGCACAGGUGACCCCGAUCUGGUGUCCGAGGGCCGCAAAAGCUUCCCCAGCAUCCACUCCUCCUUUGCCUUUUCGGGCCUCGGCUUCACGACGUUCUACUUGGCUGGCAAGCUGCAUUGCUUCACCGAGAGUGGGCGGGGGAAGAGCUGGCGGCUCUGUGCUGCCAUCUUGCCCCUGUACUGCGCCAUGAUGAUCGCCCUGUCCCGCAUGUGUGACUACAAGCACCACUGGCAAGAUUCUUUUGUCGGUGGAGUCAUUGGCCUCAUUUUCGCAUACAUUUGCUACAGACAGCACUACCCGCCUCUCGCCAACACAGCUUGUCACAAACCGUACGUCAGUCUCCGAGUCCCGACCUCGCUGAAGAAAGACGAGAGGCCCACAGCGGACAGCGUGCCCGGCGUGCCUCUGGAGGGCAUCACGGAAGGCCCCGUAUGACAAGUCUCUCGGGAGGAUGAAUGUGAGCCCAGGGCACACUCUUCCACCCCGACGUUGUAACACUAUAGAAGAAGUUUUCCGUAGUGUGUUUCUCAUCAUCUGUUUCUCAAAGUUAUCCUUCUGCUUCCGUUUUGCCGAUGGUGUUCCUGCUACUUUAAAUGCCCACUUUCAACUUUCUUGAAUUUGCGGAGGAAGGACACAGAGACCGUCCCCCAGAGACAUGUGGAAGGAGGAUGGGGUGGGUCCAGCUCGGUCGGUUCUUCUAUCUGAAAUGUUUGCUGUGACAGCCGCCUUUCUGUGUUCCCAUGGUUGUACAACAUAAUAAAACCUCCCACCUGGAAGAC